AUGAACAUAGUCCGCUUGUUCGUUCUACUGUUGUGCUUGACUGUCAAGUGCCAGGCUUCGGCAAACACGUCUGUGGGGCUAAAUCACACGGAGGCUGGUGAACAUGGGGGAAUUGCGGCCGCCAAAUGGGAGUGGCAUGAAUUGUCCGUACAAAUUACCAUCAUGUUGUUCCUGUUGAUUGUUAUUCUCAUCAAGAUGGCAUUCCGUCGAAUCCCCUAUUUGCCCGAGUAUGUGCCGGAAUCUCUCCUACUGAUCAUAAUCGGUGUGAUUUUCGGUGCCAUUGUCCGAUACGGUAUACGUCAAGGUUCGUUCGAAGGCACAGUGUGGGUACUAACACCGACCUUGUUUUUCAACUACCUCUUGCCACCGAUCGUGCUCGAAUCGGCCUAUUCCCUAUACAACCGAACUUUCAGUGAGUAUUUGGGUGUAGUACUCAUUUUUGCCGUGUUGGGAACCAUUUUCAACUUUUUCAUCAUCGGGUUUGCCAUGUACGGGGUGUACAAAGCUGGUGCAUUUGGUUACCCACUGAUUGAUUUUGAUGUCAAAGGAUUUCUGUUGUUCAGUUCUCUCAUUGUUGCCGUGGAUCCGGUUGCCGUGUUAGCCAUUUUUCAAGAUGUCGGUGUCGAGUUGAGUCUGUACUACAUUGUGUUCGGUGAAUCUCUAUUGAACGAUGCGAUCACAGUCGUACUGUAUGACAUAAUGGCCGCGUUUGCCGGAUCGGAUGAGGUAACCGGACAUCAGAUCGGGGUGGGGAUUGCGUCAUUUUUCACGGUCAGUUUCGGUGGCCUGAUGAUCGGUGUGGUGGUGGGAAUUUUGUCCUGCAUAAUUACACGUGUCAAAAGUCAUCUGGGUGCGUUUACUCUCCUCCUGUUAGCUUAUUUCUCCUACAUCAUGACCGAUUGUGUCGGCUGGUCCGGGAUCAUUGCAAUGAUCGGUUGUGGUCUGGUUCAGGCGGCCUACGCAUUUCACAAUCUGGAUCACGAUUCGGUCUGUGCUGUGCAUACCCUGUGCAAACUGGUGGCCGAGAUCAGUGAGUCGGUGAUUUUUCUCUAUCUCGGAAUCGAGAUGUUGUCCGAACAAUUGGAAUGGCAAACUGGAUUCAUGCUCUGGUCUCUCGUGUUCUGUCUGGUUGCUCGUGCUCUAGUCGUGCUCGGGAUCACAUUUGUCGUGAACAUGGUUCAUGUGGACGGUCGAAAGAUCUCAUUCACCCAACAGGCAAUUCUCAUCUACGGGGGUUUACGCGGUGCAGUCGCGUUCUCACUGUCCAUCCUGGUCACGGAAUCGAUGCUGGGCGCUCAGGGAGAAUACAAUAGACGAUUGGUCAUCACAGCCACACUAUUCAUUAUCCUAUUCACGGUGGGCUUUAUGGGUUUGACUAUGAAGCCGUUGGUGAAAUUGCUGAAAAUUCGAAUGCAAGGUCAGCACAAAUUGAGUCUGAUGGGUUCGNUGGGUUCGUUGAAUACGUCCGUCCUGGACGAAACAAUGACUGCGAUCGAGAUCAUCUCGGGUGCGAAAGGACGAAAUCGUGUACGGGAUUGGAUUGUGCGUAUGGAUGAACGAUAUGUACGACACUGGCUACAACGGGAACCGGAAACACGUGAUCAGAAACUGAUCAAAGUGUACGAGAAGAUCGCGCUCAAGCUGCACUAUGCCACCAUACAUCGGAAUCGAUCUGGCUCCCUGUUAGAUGACCUACCUGAAGCUUUAAAAGCCGCCUUUUUGGAAUCCGAUCAAGCGGAUAAUUCGUUUGCCAAGAUCCUGAUCAAUGUGACAGAUCAAGAACCCAAGGCAGAGAUCCAACCGAAGCGAAGGAGGUCGAGCGUAUUCGAUGUGGAUUUCAGUGGACCACCAUCCGAUUCAGAAGUGCUCCGAUCCAUGUUGUCUUCACGACGCCCAACACUAUUACCUCACGAUAAACGACAAGCUCCGUUUGAGAACACAUUGCAAUUGGCCAUACGUAGACGUACUCGUGCCCUAUCGCAUUGUGUAUUCGAGGAUCGAAAACCCAAAGUCCUAGAAGGUCAUGUGAAUAAUGCAUUCGCUUCGGAUCUGGAUGUGGUUGUAUCGGAACAUUUUGAUAAACUGGAAUCCGGUCUGCGGCGACAUCUGUCCACGUAA